GAUGAUUACAAGAUAAAAAGUCCCCUCAUGCGAGAAGUCGUCGCCUAUAACUGGUGGGUACAUUGUUUUAACUGGUGGUAAUGACAAAAUGUGAUCUCGCCCGUGACAUCCUCUGACACCAAACAAAGCAUCGGCCAAAACCUGCAAGCUUCCUACAAUUUUAAAGUAUGUUUACACGGUAACAAUAGCAGCCUUCAGAACUGUUCCCCUACUCUCAGCUCUCUUAAACCCCCUGACUAGAGCGGUGACAAAGGCGUAUUUAGCAGCUCAAUCAAACUGGGCUAUUUCACACUGCGUCCGUUACUUCGCAACGGUAAUAUACCGGCGGGAGAGAAAACUACAUUUGCACGAAACGCCACUUUGAAGUUCUGUUAUGGGACGUCAACAAACGAAUUAACAAGAAUUCUAGCAUGUGCGAACAACUUUACAUUGUCGUUGCGUUUGUGUUUUGAUCGGAAAAAUCUUUUACACUUAAAUUGAGGAGAAGUGUUUUAAAGAAUAGAGAGGAACAGUGAAAACUUAUGGGAGCUUUCACGGUUGUGCACGUCGAAGUUGGAUUGGAGACAUUUUGUGACGAUUUAUAUCUAAUUCCUGCGUUGUUCUGCAAAAGAUAAAUCACAGAUGAGGUUUAUCCGCUGGUGCUCAGCCAGCCGUCAAGUGUAAACUGAAUAAUACAUCGCGCACCAGCGUUCACUUGGACUUUGCCAUGCUGCGGUUAGUGGCGGUAAGCUCUAAAGAAUCCAUGUAACACGCCGUCUCAACGGACUACAAAGCUCUUGUGAUAUCUUUGUGGACCUUAAAGUACAACAGUUUUCUAUAAGUUUACACUGAUCUGGAAUGGCGUUCAAUCACUAACCCAAUUCACCGCUGGCACCAAAACGCGACAAAUACAAUCUUAUAAUUCGUGUUACUACAGGGGCUUUAAAGACACCUGUGAAAGUAUUUAUUACAACUGAUUGGUUAUGAUGGCAUUUAAGAGAUUGUGAAUGGUUUGAGGCAGAUCUAUCAUGCCAAUUUCUUCAUUUUAUCGACAAAAGGAAAACACGGCGAGAAAACCAUGGAAUUCAACACGAAUCCAUCGCAAGCGAAGCGCGGGGCGAAUGGCAUGGAUGAGAGAAAAUAGCGAGGAAAAAAAGGAUAAUAAAGAAGGGCAAGAAGACUCGGGUGAUGGGUUUAAUGAUUGGAAAUAUAGAGAUGGCAUAGUAAAAUGCUACGCCAAACCAGCGAGUGUGCGCCAUAGACCUACAGACAGACGCCAACGCGCCAAGACCUCGCCAUCUCCGCGAAAACUUUCCACUCAUUUCACUGAGAUUCGUUGUAACGCUUCGACACGUUUCGAAAGGUGCAAAAGCGACUCUCAUAUUAUUGCGAUUAAAACAAGUCGGCCAAGAAAAGAGCGAGAAUUUUGCCGUGAGAGAUCAGAGGCAUACGCGCGUCAAAUCAAAGAAAAACGUAGCGGGAAACGCAAACUCUCGAAGGUUGAUGCAGGAAGCAUUCCUUCCCAACCACAGGCUAGUCCAAGGCUCUUCUAUACAGAUCAGAAAAGAUUGCCUAGCUUAGGGGACAGGGUGGUGUGUGUCCUAAAUAAGAGACUGAGAACUGGAGUGCUUCAGUUUACUGGCACAACCCACUUUAGCCCUGGUGAAUGGUGUGGAAUUGUACUUGAUGAUGCAUGUGGGAAAAAUGAUGGAUCAGUUAAAGGGGUGAGGUACUUUGACUGCAAACAAGACCAUGGUAUAUUUGUUCAUGCUCAUAAGGUCAGGGCCUUGGAGGAAGUUGCAGUAAAGUUGACAAUCUCUGAAGCUGGACUGUUAAAUCUACAGCAAAAGGGCAACAAAAGAAUUGCCAAUCAUCAUAAUAAUAAUAAUAUGGAGAGUGUUGGGAUUCAAAGUAUUGGAGUUGAACCUGUGACAUUGAGAAAAUGGCCACCACAUUACAAUGGUACGGCUAGGCCAAGGUCUUUCUCAUCUGGUAUGAAAUAUGGGCUAAAUCUGGAGCCAUCAAGUUAUGGAAUAGAAUGUUUACCUUUGGAUCUUGUGGAUCUGUCUCGGUCUGUGUCUCUGCCAAAGAUUUCAUCCAACAAAUCAAGCCUUGUGUCAGAUGGACUAAACCUUAUUGCUUUGAAAUGCGAAGAGCAGGUUAUUUCAAAUGAAUCAAAGCGGGGUAGUUGCCCAGAUAUUUCUCUACCACGAAUUGAACAGAAUUCACCAAAAACAUCUUCAACAGAAGAGUGUGAACAAGAUAUGUGUUGCAGUUCUAAUGCAAACGGAGCAGAUGAUCUUAUGAACAUAGAUCCUUUAUCGCCUGGAUAUGAGUCCCAGGAAAGAUCACACGAGUGUCCUGUUUCGUUGCAGCACAUUAAUACUAAGGGAAAUACCAUGCUUAUAAGAUCUCACUCUGUAGAAGACUUGAGAGCAAAAAACCCUGUACAGCAGCCAUCUGUUGCACAUGCCUCUCUAGAAAAACAGACUACUAUUGAUGCAUUCAGCCAGGGGAAAUACUGCAGUUGCCCUGCCCUGGUGCCAACGCAGCAUGUAUCAGGAGCCAUCGAAGCCUGCAUUGACCUAGGGAGACAAGGGCUUCAUGACGAGAAAAAGACACAUGGAAAGUCAGCAUCAACUUCUGAUACUCCUAAUCAAGAGAGGUCUUCCCCUAUGGCGGUGAACCUUACAAAACAUGGCCAUUCUUCAUCCAUGCCUAAAUUGAACGAUUGCUCUCUGAUGCUGAAUGAAAUGGAUUCUGUUUCCAGUUCGAAUCUAGAGAGGAGUAGCAGCUGGCCUUGUUUGACGCCAACUCCCGAGGCAAACAAGGAAAUGAGCCCUGUCUUUAUUGAACUAUUUGUGAUUUCUGAUAAUAUACCAGAAGAAACUCAAGAUGGUGAAAGCAUUGUGGAAAUGUCAGAGGAAUUAACAUGUACAGAUGCAGAGAGGGAGGAAUCCGUCAGUGAGGGAUCUAAAAAGCCUUCUUGUGAGAUGGCUAAAAGAAAUAAUACUGGCAGACAGGAGAGUCAUUCGCUGUCUAGCUCAUUAGCAUCCGUGGCAUCAUCCACAAGCACUGUCGACAGUCGCAGCUCCAGGACAAAAACCAAGAACAAUACUCUGACAAAAAGAAGCAUUAACUCCAAAAAGUCUGUGUCACAAAAAUCAACCAAAGACAAUGGGAACUCAAAAGGGUCAAGCUCCAGGGCGUCUGAGAGGGGUGUUGGCUCUAAGCAAGUUUCUGUUUCUUCACUUAAGGAGGCCCCUCCCAGGGUUGUAAAGCGACAUACCGUAUCUUCUCUGCAGCAAUUCAAGCUUGAUUUCUCUAACAGACCCUCCAUGAGUCAUCGCCCUAGUAGCACUCUAUCAGAACCAGACCCGGCAAAACAGAGAAAAUCUUCAGAUGUAUCUCACAGGCUCUCAGCCAGCCCUAACUCCAGACUUCCCAUGAUAAGAAGAGUGUCCCAACCAGCUACCAAGCCUACCACAGGAACAUCCUCUCGGACAGACAGAUCUAGACCUGCUCCUAGUCCAGAUCGGGUGAAUCAAGCCACAGCAACCCAAUCUGCUAAAAAAGUGGGGUCAACUGCAAGCACAGAGAAGCAGAAGAAAGAAUUAAGUUCUUCAUCAACAUCAAGUUUGCGUGGUGCCUCAGCUAGAAGGAAAGUUAGUGCGCCAGUUGUGUCUAACCAGACACUAACCUCUGUCCAAGCCAAAAGGCUCAUCAGCACCGCAACAACACAAGGGAAGCCGGCGAGAACUCCAUUCAAAGCCGAAAAGAAAACUCCUUCAGAAACAAAAUCCGCUUUAACGAGCAGCAAGAAACCUUCACCACUCGCGACCAAACCACCAAGCUCAGCCGGUCAUGUGAACCCACCACCCUCACGUCCACAACCCCACCACCCCUCCCGUCUCCCCCGUAAGAUAUCACGUGACCCAAGCACCGACAGCACGUUAUCCGGCGACCAGGAUUUAGACCAAGAUGCACAUCGGCUGUUGCAAGAAGUCUACCCGACAGUAUCCGACAAUGGCAUGCGAUUCCCCCGACAGGACAGCUACCCAACGGGUUAUGACGCUGACCUCGAGUCGAGUACUCGUUCAUGGCACUCUCCCCUGGCCCCCGAUAUCCUGACGGGUGUUAAGGAGAGUCGUCGGCGCAGUGUGGAAGUGCAGGUGGAGAUAGAUGAUGAUCAGGCCUUGCAGGACAUGCAUGAUAAGCUAGAGAAGCUGGACCACAUGCUGCAGGCGAGAGGACAGCAGUGCCAGGAACUUAAGACUCGCCUGGGGGACGCCGACCACGCCCAUUUAUCCAGUGCUAUUCUACUUAUUGGACUGGAGAGAAAGUUGAGGGCAAGCGCGCGCCAUGUUUCUCAGCUGGUGUUAGACUUACAGUCAGCCGAAGAUGAAAUCAGACAAACGCGAGAGAGACUUGACGAGGAGGAGGCGAAUAGCGUCAAACUGGAAGAAGAAAUGAUGUACCUGAGGAGUGAACAUAAGGUUGCCAUAGAAACGCUCAAAGCGGAUCAUGAGCGAACUAUAGACGGUCUGAGGUACACGCUCAAGAAACAGCAGAUGGAGGAGCUCGCGCUAGCCGCUCAAGAGCACGUGGAUGAGAUCCAGCAGAUCCAGAAGCAACACGAGGCCCAGUUGAACGAGUUACAAGCAGCUCACGGGAAAGCUGUGGAGGCUGUGCACGAGCAGUACCGGGACGAGAUUGUCGAGCUGGAGAGCAAACAUUCUGCUCAUGUCGAGGAAAUUCUUGAGGAGCAUCAACUCGAAAUAGAGACAAUCAAGGCUGACUACGAGGAGCAGCGGUCAGCGCUAGAGACCAAACUGUUCUCGGUCACAAGUGAGUGCACUUCACUCAACAUUAAGUUGCAGAGGUUGCAAGAGGAGACUGAACAAGACAUCGAGAAUAGAAUUCAGGACGCUAUCGAGAAAUACAAGAGCCUUCCGGACGAACUGGCGAGCAUGAAGGCUGUGCUGGAUAUGAAGAACGAUGAGAUCAAGCAGCUGAGAAAGGACCGCAUGGAAGCCAAGAUGGAGUUGGAUCAUCUGCGGACCAAGGCAGACAGAAUCAGGAAACUGGAACAGGAAAACGAGUCGCUCUCGUUCGUCGUUGAGACCAAGUCGAAGUUUGAGAGACAACUCUCCGUGGAACGAGAAACGCUAAAGACUACGCUGGAGAGGGAGUCCGCUAAGUUAAAAAGACUUUCGCUGGAAAACGAGGAGCUGCAAUGGCGCCUAUACAACUGCCCUAGCAGUCCCGGAUGUGAUGGGCCCGAGUCCCCCUUACCAGCCUCGCGAAACAGUCACAGACUCUCCUCUAGCUUCUCAGAUGCUGAUCCCAUUCACGAGUAGGCAAGCGGGUAGCCUGUGGUACUCGCGUGGUCACACGUACACAUCAGUAACGGACUGGCUGUGAUCACGUGGUCUGUGCACACUAGCCAAUAGGCUUCCUAUGGUCACGUGAACGGUGUGACAUGGGAAUAAAUGAAACCUGAAUCUGGUGCGGACCAUAAGUAGACAUACAUCUCUGUAGUCCAUUUGUAUAGAGUAUCAUCUGUAACGGACUGGCUGUGAUCACGUGGUCGGUUCACACUAGCCAAUAGGCUUCCUAUGGUCACGUGAACGAUGUGACAUGGGAAUAAAUGAAACCUGAAUCUGGUGCGGACCAUAAGUAGACAUACAUCUCUGUAGUCCAUUUGUAUAGAGUAUCAUCUGUAACGGACUGGCUGUGAUCACGUGGUCGGUUUACACUAGCCAAUAGGCUUCCUAUGGUCACGUGAACGGUGUGACAUGAGAAUAAAUGAAACCUGAAUCUGGUGCGGACCAUAAGUAGACAUACAUCUCUGUAGUCCAUUUGUAUAGAGUAUCAUCUGUAACGGACUGGCUGUGAUCACGUGGUCGGUUCACACUAGCCAAUAGGCUUCCUAUGGUCACGUGAACGGUGUGACAUGGGAAUAAAUGAAACCUGAAUCUGGUGCGGACCAUAAGUAGACAUACAUCUCUGUAGUCCAUUUGUAUAGUAUCAUCUGUAACGGACUGGCUGUGAUCACGUGGUCGGUUCACACUAGCCAAUAGGCUUCCUAUGGUCACGUGAACGGUGUGACAUGGGAAUAAAUGAAACCUGAAUCUGGUGCGGACCAUAAGUAGACAUACAUCUCUGUAGUCCAUUUGUAUAGAGUAUCAUCUGUAACGGACUGGCUGUGAUCACGUGGUCGGUUCACACUAGCCAAUAGGCUUCCUAUGGUCACGUGAACGGUGUGACAUGGGAAUAGAUGAAACCUGGUGCGGACCACAAGUAGACAUACAUCUCCGUAGUCCAUUUCUAUAGAGUAUUAUCUGAUAAUUGCAUAUGCGCCCCUUAGAGGGUAGCUUGUACUGGACUUAUAUCGUACAGAUAUAUAAAACGAUUGAUUCCUUUAAAGAGUUUAUUUCAGACAUUCAAAAAGCAAUUUUAUUUUUCUAUCAUAUGAAUUUAGUGAAUCAAUGUGUGUGUACAAUUGAGUGUUAAGGUCUACUAUGUCUUAACAAGUCUCUUCGGCUGAGUUCAAACGUCGUAUUAUCUAUGAGCCGUAUUCAAUUCAAAUGCAUGCAAUUGAAGAUGAAACAAUGGACUCGAUUAGUUUGCAUUGAAUAUGGCUCAUGGAUGAUACGACGUUUGAACUUAGGCUAAAUCUUGAAGAGUUUUUUCCCUUGUAUCACUUGUAGAGUGUAGAAAAUGCAGAAAUAGCAGGUUCUAUCUGUUUACACUUCGAAUGCAAAUAAUAAUCCUAACCUAAGCAAUUUAUCUCUUGUAUAUAAAUAUACCAAAGGGACCUCACUGUCCAAAUAGCAGUCGUCAGAAUAAAGGUGUAGAAUAAAUAA